UACAAUCUGUCUGUGUAUCAUGCCGAUGUUGCUUGGCUCUCAAGCGGUUAGCUCGCAGCUAAUGUUAAUGCUGGCGACUUCCGCCUGUUUCCCCUUAAUACAACCUAUAUCGUCAAAUUUUACGCAGAACUUGUCUGCAGUUGGCUAUUCUGCUGUUAACGACAGCAUCAUUGUGAACGGGAUGAUGAAUGGACAGCCUCUUUCAGCCGUGUGGAGAUGACCUGCCACCCCUUCGGGAAUGGUCAGAAUGGGGCCAGAUGUGCCCCUUCUUAAUGAGUACAAGCAGGAGUUCUUCUGGAAGCGCUUCCCCCAGACAGUGUUGGGGGGUCCACGUUUCAAGUUGGGCUACUGUGCCCCACCAUAUGUCUAUGUCAAUCAGGCUGUUUUGUUCUUGACACCAUGGCUUUUUGGGGGCAUUGGUACUCUGCUCUGCCAGCUGCAGCUGCUUCAGGAGCUCCAUGCCACAGUGCUCUCUGGUAUGCUCAUGUUCGGGGCUGCGGCGGGUGUCCAGGCCCUGGCAUUGUAUGCUGCUCGGAGGAAUGGCACAGUGGAGAGACUCGGUGUGCCCAACAUCCUGGUUGAUGAAGAGGAAAUGGAAUUCACCCACUGCGUCAGCCCAGAGACAGUUCGAUUUAUUGCUCCUGGGAAGAGGUUUGGGCUCAAUGUAGUGCUUCAUACAGUUCUAGCUGGGGUGCUUUGUGGCUUUGGAACAUGGUAUGUGUUCCUUGGCAGACUGACUGCUCUCUACAGCAGCAUUGGCAUAUCCCUGGUCAUCUUUGUUCUAAGUUGGGUGACACUGUGUAUAGCUGAGUACUCCCUCAUUGUAAAUACUGCCACAGAGACAGCCACUUUCCAGGCACAGGACACUUAUGAGAUCACCCCACUGACCCGGCCCCUCUACAUUUUUAUUUUCAUUGCUGUGGACUUGGCUGAUAGGUUCUCAGGCCCUGUCCCUGAGCUCCAACUGGCCAGCCAGGUUCUCCAUGUGCUGUUCCUUUUCCUACCUCUGCUUUGGGCACUAGGUAUACUGCCUCCCCUGGAUGCCCUGCUCCUCUGGGGCAUGGAGCAGACUCUUGUGUUUGGUUUAGGGGGCUCGCCCAUGUCCAGCAACCUCAGGCUGCUGUUGAUGUUUUGUGUGUCUGCUGGCGUAGCUGUGUGCAAUUACUUCAUCCCAACAACACUGGGUGUGGUUCUCUUCUCCAUCUCUAUGGGAUUUCUGCUGAGUCUGGAUCUCAGCCAGGUUGGCACACUCUGCAGAGGUCCCCGGGCAGCCUUUGGGGAUCGUGGAUUUCACAGAGAGGGGUCACCACCUCCUCCUCCUCCUUCUCCUUCUUCCAGUUCCUUUGGCUGGACUCUGGGCUGCGGGGAGCUGCUGCUAUAUUUGAGCCUGCUACUGGUGGCGAUGACGGAGGCAGGACUGAUGCAUCACUUCCUUGGUUCAGCUCAGCCCCAGAGCCUGGUUACAGGUCCCCAGGCUCCUGUCAGUUACCUCCUACUUGUACUCUUCUGCCUCUGCUGGGCUCUCAGAGAGAUCCAGGGGGCUUAUGUAUUUGGGGGAGUGUUCCUCAAUCCCCUGUACCCUAAAGGGAUGUCUAGUGUGCAGACUUUCAAGCAGAGGAACAGAGGAUUAUACAUUGCUGCAGCUAUCAGAAGAGUCCUUCUUUAUCUUGUGUCUCCAUUUGCAAUGAUUGCUUUCCUGUCUUUGGACAAAUCUCUGCAGCUGCUCCACAAGGUUUCCCUCAGUGUUGGAUUCACACGAGCCUUUAGAGUGGUGUGGCAGAGUUCAGAGGAUGCUCUUCUGCAAAUGGUGGUGGUGGUCUUGAUGCGAUUUGCAGCUGGAAAUAACAUGCUGCCAGGAUGGGACAACCUGGGCACUGGAGUUCAGCUUCUUGUGGUGGGCCUCCUGAUAGACAGAGUAACCCAGUUCCUUGCCAAGCUAAAGUUCACCCUGACUGUACUUGUGACAUCUUGGACUGAGAAGAAGCAACGCCGGCAGUCGGCUGGAACUCUCUUGGCUCUGAACGCCUCACUGUGCCCACUGCUGCUGGCAGUGGUGACGCUCUCUGCCCUGCUCUCUGCCCCUCUGCUGCCCCUCUUCACCCUGCCCAUCUUCUUGGUGGGGUUCCCCAGGCCUCAGCGCAGUUGGCCAGGCCCUGUAGGUACCGCCUGUCCCUGCCCGGACUCAAUCUUCUACCAGCAGAUGAGCGGAAGUCUGGCCUCCGCGCUGAGGACAGCCUUUGCAAGAGGGUCACUGGGUUCUUUAGCCCCUGGCUCUCAUUUUCUUGGCCGCUUUCAGGACCGUAUGGUUUGGAUAAUGAUCUUAGAGAGAGGAUAUGGCUACUGUACAGUCAACAUUAAGGGUCUGGAGCUCCAGGAGACAUCUUGCCACACAGUGGAGGCACGGAGGGUGGAUGAGGUGUUUGAGGCUGCUUUUGAGCGCCCUGAGCGGCUUGGUUUCACCCAGGGCUUUAACCUGCACUGGGGGAAUGCCCUCACCCCUUGUGCUGCCCUUGUGGUGCGAGUCUACUCUGAUGCCCGAAAUGUUCUCUCUGGCAUCAUUGACUCUCAUGAUAACUUGAGGAAACUUCAGGAUGACUUUCUUAAAGCGCUAGUUUGGUUGCUUCUCCGAUACUGUGUGCAGAAGCAUAAAGGAUUUCUAUGGAGCAGUGAAGACGGGCCAGGCAUUGCAGGCAGGAAGUCCCAGUCUUCGCAGUUGGCCCAGACCACUUGUAAUCAGCCACCUGAGACUGUCGUGGUGGAAUCCAAUGUGUCUUCUCUCAGGUUCAGACAGGACAGCUCCAGUUUGACCUCUUUUGGUGAUUGGUCAGAUGAGGAUGACUUAUUUGGUCCUCAACCAGCCAGACGGACUGUGGCAUUAGUAUCUGCAGAGGCCCAGCCUGGACACACAGCACUGCAGCCAGGGGCCUCUCUGCCUGGCUCUGUGGAGAUGGACAGCCUUUUUGAAAACAUGGCUCUCUCUGCCCUGCAGCCACUGCAGCCUCUGGGUCUGGGCAUCGGGAUGCCAGCAGUGGAUAAAGGCGGUAACCCAGAGGUCUUUAGAGAGAGUCCUGGCUCUCUCCCUCAGCUGAACUUCAGCUGUCCCCAGUCAGAAAUAUUCAACCUACCAACAGGGUGGAGGGCAGCACCUUUGCUACCAUCCCGAUUGCUGCAGCUCAGGCCCUUGUUUCCCGAGGACUGGUUUCGGUUCACCUUAGGCCGGUUUGGGCCUGCUGUGCAGGGCGAAACCACUGAGGACAUGACCAAAGCCCUGAAAGAGGAUGAAGUCUUGAAAGAGCUGCAUGCACAGGUUGCCCUUUCGUGUCUCAUCUCUUUGGGAGCUGAGUCUGCCUUCACCAGUCCCAGUUAUGUCUACAGACUGUAUUGUGGAGAUAUACCGUGGACGGAAGGACUCGACUGGCUCUCCUCAAGUAAAGAACUUUACCAGCUCACACUUCGUGCUUUCAGGUUUAGUUUCAAACUCCUGUUUGAUCAGGCGAGUCUAGGGCCCAUGGAGUCUGCUGAAGAAUUGUUCAGCACUUUGGAGGAAUAUGAAAAGGACUGGUACAUUGGCUUGGUGACAGAGAAAGGCUGGCAUGACAGUGUGCUUCAGGAGAAACCCUUCCUAUUCUCUCUAGGACAUGACCUCGCUAUGGGUACCUACACAGGACGAGUCCUUUCCCUACAGGAGCAGCUGGUACACGUGGGUCGUCUGAAUGGAGAGGGGGUACGAGGCCAGUGGGCAAACCUUUCCUGGGAGCUCCUGUAUGCUACCAAUGAUGACGAGGAGCGUUACAGCAUCCAGGCUCACCCCUUCAUGCUAAGGAAUUUAACUGUACAGGCAGCCGAUCCCCCUUUAGGAUACCCCAUUUACUCCUCAGCCCCCCUUCACUUCCCCUGCCUCUGACCUGGGGCUUCUUCUGCCCUUUCAGUUGAAGGUAUAGAGGGAAAAUGAGGUUUUUCAGUUGGUACUACCACAGCAAAAUGCCCAUUUCCAAAGUUAAUGUUAGUUAUGAGGAAAUUCAUAAAGCAAAAUUGAGAGAAAACUUCAUUCCGUUUUGGAGCCUUGCUUUUAAAACACCAUGUGCUGGGAAGUAUAUCUAUGGGAACCAAUUUUUCUUAUUUUUUUUUUAACAUUAAUUUGACUUUUUUGGUGUGUCAUUUGCCACACCACAGUCGAAGAAGCACUGUACUCUUGUACAAGUUGCAAAAUCUUGUCAACAGAUUCCGACUGACGAGGUGGACUACCUCCCACAUUAAAGAUUGAAGAAUUCCCUCUCAAAAUUGUCCCAGAAAGGUUUCUACGUAAGUACGUAUGUUUUGUGGUUUGUUUAUUAAUGUUUGUGCUUAAAAAAGAAGGGAAUAAAUUUGUCCACCUCCCCUUUAGAAGACACUUGCUGAAUACCUCUGGUUUUAUUGUACUUUUUAGACUUCACAACUUUCAGGUGAUUAUUUUUCCCCUCCAUGUUCAUAAAAAUGGGACAAAAACUGUAAUGUUUUGUUAAGAUAUCAAGGAUGUGCCUUGGGUAUGUCUUGGUGUAUGUGCAAGGUAUUUAGUGCUAUUGUUUUGUUUACAAUUCACUUGUUUACAAUUUAGAAUGAAGACUUAAAUGAAUUUGACCAUAGUCUCUUGUACAUAUUGUUAAUUUUUAUAUGUGUAACUGUAUAUACUUAUAAAAUAGCUUGGCAGAAG